AUGUCUUCCCUCCUGCCAGCCGCCACCGACACCACCGGCACCCCCUCACCCGCCCCCCGCGACACUCUCCACUUCCCCCCAACCCACCAAGCGCAACUCGCCCCCUACCUCCCCUCUCCUCCUAACACCAAACCCUCCCUCCCCCACGUAACCCUCACCUUCGCGACUUCCCUCGACAGCGCCCUCUCCCUCGCCCCCGGCACCCAGACCUUCCUCUCCGGCCCACAGAGCAAAGCCAUGACGCACUUCCUCCGCUCUCAGCACGCCGCCAUCCUCAUCGGCGUUGGUACGGCCAUCGCCGACGACCCAAGCCUGAAUUGUCGGCUUGAGGGCGUGGGGGGGUUUGGUGGGGAAGGAUUGGAGGGGCAGCCGAGACCUGUGGUGUUGGACCCAAUGGGAAGAUGGGAUGUCAAUGGGGAGAGUAAGGUCAUUAGGCUUGCGAGGGAGGGGAAGGGAAGGGGGCCGUGGGUGGUAACAGCCGAGAAGAGCGUGGGUGGGCUAGUGGUUGAGGGGAGGGAGGUGCUGGGGAGGACUGGUGGGCGCUACAUCGUUGUGCCGUCAACGGAAGUGGGCGGACGGGAGGCCAUGGAGUGGCGGGAUGUUUUCUCCACGCUGCACGAUCUGGGUAUCAGGAGUGUCAUGGUUGAGGGUGGUGCGGGUGUGAUUAAUGGUUUGCUUGAGCCCCGUAAUGCGGAGCUGGUGGACUCGGUUGUUGUGACUGUCGCGCCGACUUGGCUGGGAGAGGGCGGCGUCGUGGUGAGCCCGCCGAAGAGGUUCGACCAGGAUGGCAAACGGGUGCCGACAGCGAGGCUGAAAGACGUCAGAUGGAUUCCUCUGGGCGAGGACGUUGUUAUGUGUGGGCGGCUGUUGGCGUCUUGA